AUGAGUGACAAAAUCCCCUCGUGGAAUGUCGUCCACAAGCUAGAGAAGCGCCAGCUUCUCAUUGGAAUCAACUGCGUGGCUGGCCUGUCUAUUUUGUUCUUCGGAUACGACCAAGGAAUGAUGGCCGGUGUCAACAACGCAAAGGAUUAUAUUGAUCUCAUGGGCUUCGGUCAUACUAAGGUGGUGGACGGCGAGUUGACCCCGGUGGUCACAAAUUCCUUGUUGCAAGGUGGGAUCGUGUCGGUCUACUACCUGGGAACGCUUUUCGGCGCAUUAAUCGGUGGCUGGCUCGGAGACCGGACGGGAAGAAUCAAAACUAUUGCAGCGGGUUCUUUAUGGGCAAUUUUAGGCGCAGCCUUGCAGUGUUCGGCACAAAAUUCCAAUUGGAUGAUCUGCGCGCGUUUCGUUAAUGGUAUUGGAACUGGAAUUUUGAAUGCCAUCGUCCCUGUCUGGGCUACCGAGACGGCUGAACAUACUUCGCGCGGACAAUUCAUUGCUAUUGAAUUCACGCUGAACAUCUUUGGUGUUGUAUUGGCUUACUGGUUGGAGUUUGGCCUUUCUUUCAUCGACAACGGAGAGUCAGCCUUCCGCUGGAGAUUCCCCAUCGCAUUCCAGAUCGUCUUCCUCUUAGUCCUCUUGGCAGUUGUCUGGUUCUUCCCAGAAUCACCUCGAUGGCUCGUCAAAGUCGGCCGGGAGGACGAGGCACGCUAUGUUCUCCAGCGUCUACGUGGAUCCAGCGGAGAGGACCUCCUCCGAGCGGAAGCCGAGUUCCAGGAUAUUAUGAGCAUCGCCGAGCUGGAGCGGACAGUGAACCACGGCGACUCAUAUCUGUCUAUGCUGGUUGGCUAUAAAUCCGGUGAUCUUCAUAUCGGCCGUCGCGUACAGUUGGUCAUUUGGCUACAGAUCAUGCAGGAAUGGGUUGGUAUCGCGGGAGUUACAGUUUAUGCACCAACCAUCUUUGGCAUUGCUGGAUUUGAUUCGAUGAAGAGUCAGUGGAUUAGUGGUCUGAACAACAUCUUCUACAUGUUCGCUACUCUAGUGUGUGUCUUUACUCUCGACCGGAUCGGUCGCCGGUGGACUUUGUAUUGGGGGGCAGUUGUCCAAGGUAUUGCCAUGUUCCUUGCGGGAGGAUUCUCUCGUCUCGCAAUCGACAACAAGGCAGCCGGUGAUAUAGGCAAGGCAUCCUCAUAUGGUGCGGCCGCAGCUUCCAUGAUUUUCAUCUUCACCUCUGCAUUCGGAGCUUCGUGGCUCACAGUCCCUUGGAUUUACCCGGCUGAAAUCUUCCCCCUGGCCGUUCGUGCACGUGGAAAUGCCUUUGGUGUCGUCGGAUGGAGUAUCGGAAAUGGAUGGCUGACACUACUAUGCCCCGUAAUGUUCAAUGCCAUUGGCGAAAAGACACUGUACGUCUUUGCCGCCAGUAAUGUCAUCGCCAUCCCCAUGGUGUGGGCUCUAUACCCAGAAAGCAACCAGCGCACACUAGAGGAUAUGGAUCUCCUGUUUGCGGCUAAGACGCCCUGGACCUGGGAUGCAGAGAAGACCUUUGCGCGCCUUAAGGAAGAGAGCCCAGGCAUGGUCCAGACUCUCGGUCGCAAGGGCAGUGUGGUGGAUUUGGAGACUGGAAAGCCUAUCUCUGUUGGUGCUGCUGCAAGUAUUGCGGCUUCUAAGACUGGUGAUAAUGCUGUAGGAGCGGAGCAUGUAGAUCAUGCUUAG